UGCGGGCGGGGCGGGCGCCGCUGGCCGGGCCUGCGCGGUGCCGGGGCGAGGAGGAGCGGGGAGGGGUUGAGGGCUGCGUGUCUCGGCGGAGCGCGGUGUCGGCUGCGACGUGAAGGAGGCGAAGGCGGGGGAGAAGCGUGCGGAGCCGCUCCUCUAUGGCCCUGUCGGCUCCUGCAGCUCUCGGGCGGCAGUGCCGGCCUGCGCCGGGCCGGAGCGGGGCCCGGGGCCUGGCGGAGCCGCACCGGGAGACCAGGCCGUGGCGCCAGGCCGGGCAGGGAUGUCCCUGCAGGGCCGGCCAAGUGAUACAGGAUGCUGUUUCCUUCGGUGUUGUGUGCAGUUGUGCUGAUAGGGAGCUGUAACGUUCAAGAAGAUGAAUGGAUUGACCCCACGGAUAUGCUCAAUUAUGAUGCAGCAUCAGGAACAAUGAGAAGACCUUACAAGGUAGAGAAAGAAAGGCCAAACUAUCAUGACUCUGAGGAAGAGGCUGUGGAUGCAGUCAGUGCUGAAGUCUCACGUUGUUCCAGGGUGAUAGAUUCCUUGCAACACAAGGUUGCAGAGUGUGAGAAGAGGAAUGCCAAAUCACAGGAGAGCCGUAGCUUUUAUAUUUUUAAGCGAUUCUUGAAUAAGAUUUUAAAUGAAGCUGGAAGACUUGGCCUUCCUGGGGAAGAUGUGGGCCAAGUCCAUUACGAUGCUGAGAUCAUUCUUACAAGACAGACGUACUUGGAGAUCCUCAGGUUUGUCAAUGAGGAAGCCUGGCAGCCAGGUGCCCUGGAUGAGGCACUGAGUGAUAUCUUGGUCAAUUUUAAGCACCAUGAUGAUCAGGCUUGGCGGUGGAGGUUUGAAGACACUUUUGGAAUUGAUCUAUAUAAUUUGUUUUGGCUGCUCCUGUGCUUAGUGUGCAUUGUGGUUGUAAUGGCUACAGAGCUGCGGACGUGUGUUUCUCGCUUUGUCCAGCUAAAAUACGUUAUAUUUCUAACUUUUCUCGUCAGUUUUGUAUGGAAUUGGUUUUACUUGUACACGCUGGCCUUCGCUCAGCACCAGGCAGAGAUUGCCAAGAUGGAGCAGUUCGACAAGGUCUGUGCACAGAAGCUGGAGUGGUAUGGAAGCCUCGUGGAAUGGCUUCGAAGUACAUGGACGUUUCAGGAUGAUCCCUGUAAGAAGUAUUAUGAAAUUCUGCUUGUAAAUCCUGUUUAUAUGGUUCCACCAUCAAAGGCCUUGGCAGUAACUUUCACCAACUUUGUAACUGAGCCUUUGAAGGACAUAGGACAAGGUAUUGGUGAAUUCAUCAAGGCACUUAUGAAGGAGAUACCAUUAAUUCUGCAGGUUCCAGUGCUCAUUACGAUGGCUCUGGGUGUCCUGACUUUUUGCUAUGGUGCUGGAUCAUCAAUAUCUUCAUUAAGACACUUAAGGUCUUCUCAGAAGAAGAGUCUUCCUCUGCCUGCUGGUGAGCAGGAGCAAAUAGCCUUUGGGCAGUACAGCGGGAGGCCAGCAGACGAGUACUAUGUGCAGCAGCAGCCGUUUGUGCACAGAGGCCACCAGGACAGAGGGGACGCUGCCACGAGGCCUCUGCCCAGGCUGAGAGCCGGCAACAGCAGCAGGAGCCCGGACACCGCGCACGGCAGCGACGAGCCGGAUGCACAGAACAGGUUGCACACUGAAUCUGAAGUUCAUAGACUUGAAACUCUCAAAGCUGAAAACCUUACUGCAGAAGCUGCACUUGAGCAGCAAAAACAGGAGACAAGCAAAGGAGAGGGAGAGACUGGAGAAAACUGUGACCCUAAUAAAAACCUAGAAGGGAAAAGUUCUGCUGUGGAGCCGUGCGAAGAGAAGAAAGAGAAUGUUUUACAUGACUCCCAGAAAAGAGCUAAGGAAGACCCAGGCUCUGCUGUGGAGUAGAGGAUGUUGCCACCGAAGGAGCCGAGAGUCUGUUCUUCUCCUGGAAGCAGCACCUCUGAUCAUCCAUCCUGUUACUCUGGAACCGACUCAGCAGAUCGAAGAACCCUUCGUCUGCCACUGUCUCACGGCUGCUUUUCUGAAAAGGAGAAAAUUUAGGGUAUUUGACCUUAGAGUGCCUACAGCCGGGACAACUGCAUCGGAGUUUCAGUCCAGUGAUAUGCUUGAUAUUUACAUAUCUGAAAUUUAUUAAAUAAAUUUUUUUUUAGCCAACCA